AUGAAUGAGCAUUCACCAGCUCAGGAAUCAGCUAGUGGAAAAACAGAAUCAGUGCACAAUGCUAACUUUUGGUCUCCAGAACUGAUAUAUCCUGAAAAUACGGUUCCUGAAGUUUUGUUCCGUAGGAUCAUAACAAGAAUGAUGUCUAGUGGUGAAUCAUUUUGCAGUGUUAGUGAAGCAGAAAGGCAAAAUAUGUUAAUAGGUCCAACAUUGUUUGCACUGUCAAAGAUGAAAAAGCCAUUAUUUUAUAAUAUCUCUGUCGUUUACGUCGAUAAUGGAUAUCCUGAGUUAUACAUGAAAUCAAAUUUUACAAAAAAAGACAAUUUCAUUUUCCCAUUCAACUUAUUUGACUGGAUCAAGCUAUACAAUGCUUCAGGAAAAAUAGAAAUUUUCUGCGCCAAAAUUGACGUUGAUGAUGCUAUUCUAUUUUGCAAAUGGCUUCCAAUUAUCUACUACGAUGUGAUUGAAGACAUCUAUCAGAGAUAUCAAUUAAUUAAAAAUAAUAAACAUGUAAUGUCAUCCCUUGAAAUGGACAAGAUGCUGCAAAUAGAAAUUGUUCAUGGGUGCAUGGAUAAGGAUGCUUUAUGGGAAACACAAAUAUCAGAAAUUAUAAUUCAUUGCAUCAACCAUCCAGAUGAAUCUACCAAGAUAAAUUAUAAAGCCCUCAUGGAUGAGAAAAGUACUCCUGAAUCCGAUGUUGAAGUUGACAUCUUGAGUAGUACAGUUAAAUGUGUGAGUAACGCUAAUAUUUCAAAAACAAUGAUAGAUAUCUAUGAUAUUGAACGGCUUUUUUCAGGAUCACCAAAUCUUGAUUUGGAUUAUUAA